CCGUAAUUGUAAAAGUUGAAGUUCGGAGGGAAGCGAAAAACUAAAAUAUUCCUUUGUGCUGAAUGAAAAUCUCUCUACCUUAUUGAAUGGAAAGCUCUCAAUUUUUUACCGAAUAGUAGGGGUAAUUUUCUUUUGGAUAUAAAGAGAAAAUCAAAACAAAUGAUAAAGGCUACUUUUUUCUUUUCCCCUCCCUCCCAUUUCCCCUUACAGGAUUCAAGCUAAGAUUGAAGAAGAAACAAUGUCCACCGCCUUGGCACGUUUGAGAACGCUGCUGUCACCAGACAAAUGCAUCCGCCGCCGGUGCUGCUUUCCUGCUGCGCGGUUCUUCACUUCUUCAACCACCUACAGCCACAGCUCUUAUCCCUUUGAAAAGAUUGGAUUCAUAGGGCUAGGGAACAUGGGAUCAAGAAUGGCUGAUAAUUUGAUAAAUGCUGGAUAUAAUGUUUCUGUUCACGACAUCAACAAGAAUGUGCUGAAGAGGUUUUCUGACAAAGGAAUUCCUACAAAAGGAUCACCUAAUGAACUUGCAGAGACAACUGAUGUUGUAAUUACAAUGUUACCAUCAUCAAACCAUGUACUUGAUGUCUACACUGGAGCAGAUGGUUUGCUCACUGGUAGAAAUCGAGUAAGGCCAUGGUUAUUUAUAGAUUCCUCUACAAUUGACCCUCAGACAUCAAGAAAUGUAUUUGCAGCAGUCUCUGACUGCUUUUUGAAAGAGAAGAAAGAUGGCCAGCAUGCUCCUUCCAUGCUCGAUGCUCCUGUGUCAGGUGGUGUUCUUGCUGCAGAGACUGGAAAUCUUACUUUCAUGGUUGGUGGCUCAGAAGAAGCUUACAUAGCUGCAAAACCCUUGCUUCUGUCAAUGGGAAAAAGCACCAUUUAUUGUGGUGGAUCUGGAAACGGUGCAACAGCAAAAGUCUGCAACAAUUUGGCAAUGGCAGUAAGUAUGCUUGGGGUAUCUGAAGCAUUUUCCCUUGGACAGUCACUAGGGAUCACAUCAAGUACUCUCACACAAGUUUUUAAUUCUUCCAGUGCCCGCUGUUGGAGCAGUGACACAUAUAACCCCGUUCCUGGUGUAAUGGAUGGGGUGCCCUCUUCAAGGAAUUAUGAGGGAGGUUUCAUGUCCAAGUUGAUGCUUAAAGAUAUAAACCUUGCUCAGGCAUCAGCUAAGAGUGUGGGACUCAGUUUCCCUUUGACAGCACAAGCAGAAGAAAUAUAUGCAAAGCUAUGUGAUGAUGGUUAUGAGAACAAAGACUUCUCAUGUGUUUUCCGUUAUCAUUACUCCGGAAAGGAUGAGCAGCUAAACUAGAGAUUUUCAUGCAUCACUGGAUCUGGAAAAUUGGUGUUCAUUACUGAUUGUACAUCAAGCAAACCGCUGUGUUUUCCUCAUAUGCAAUGCUUUUAAACAGCAUGUAAUAAGAUCAUUGAUCCUCUUAAGUUCAUGGGUAGUAGUAGUCUAGUAGGAUAAGAUAUUGUUGUAUUAGUUGGCAUCUUAGAAUGAAGCCAUAAGAGCUGUACAUCCUAACUGUAUUGGUUGGAAAUCAUAGCUAUUGAACUGCAUUGACAAAUUUGGAAGAUGGAUUAAUCACGUAUUCAUGUCAUUGGAUGAUUCUUCGGGAGAAGUUUUGCUUUGCUGGUUUAGCCUUUUCCUGUAAUUACUUCUUCCGCCCCUAUUGUUGUCACAUUCAUUUCAAGGAAAUAUUCGUGGUUUGUAUUGU